CUCGACACUCAAUGCGUCGAGUCUAAGAUUAUCUUAAUUUAAAAUCAUACUAUAUGUAUAUUUAUAUCCUGACAAAACUGUCAAUUUACGUCAAAUCGAGUGAUUCUGGUGACAGGUGGACGAAAUAACUCUUUAGUACUUUGAGUUAAAGCUCAGCCGGACGUUCGACGCGACAGGGUGUGGAAUCACGUCCUCAAAGCAUCAACAGACCAUGAAGAAACUCUUUGCCGUGUGAUAAUCCAGUGAUUGUCAAGAGUCAAAGACAGGUCAUGGAAAAUUUGGAAAUCAUUUAAUCAGAACAUCAGUAGUUUACCGUUAUUGAUUGUCGAGUUAUUGGAAUAAUGUGUUAUUAUUCGAGCAAUUAUUCGUGAUGUUGAUUGAUAUUUGUUGUGAUAAAAAUCAACAGGAAGUGCGGUAUAAUGCGUCUUUUGUAAUUAAUAAUUAUUCAAGUGAUACAAAUGUAUCCUCAUUGUGCAGUUGGUGAAAGGAUCAAAACAUUGACUAUGUGAUAAAAGACUCUUAUUUUUUGGUACUGAAAAAUUUAAACAUUUAAUUUACUGGUGAUUAUCCCGCUAUAAAUUUCAAAAAAAAAAUAAAUAAGAAAAAGUACAAUACAAGUGAAGAUUUAAAGUUUAAAUUAUUUAGUCUAUUUGGUGAGAAAUAAAAGCAAUAAUUAGAGAUGAAGGCUUAAGUGAGUGAAGUAAUGAAAGAAGAAAAAUAAAAAGAUUAAAAUAAACAGGUGCAGGAAUUCGCGACUGGCGCCAAGGUGGUCGCUCGUAGGAAAAGUAAAAGAGUAGAAAGAAGUCGAGCAAGAGAAUGACAAGAAAAACCGCGAGAUAGAAAGAAAUAACGAACUGAUAGUAUAUCCCGUUUGUAAAACGACCUGGAGUUCGAACAACUCAAGCGAAACGUGUCGCAAUCCAAUGAAUUCAAGUCACCGUGAAGAUUAUUUUUAAACACUGUCUCCCGACCCAUUUCGUUUUUAUUUCUGUAUUCUGAACGAGAACGCGACAAACUUAAUUUAUGAACAGCAUUGAAAAUUAUUCUUUAGCAUGUGUCAAAAAAUACAUUGAAUGUGAAUUAAUAAUUUAUAAUAAUUAGUUUACCCAACAAUGCUUUGCGGUUCAUUUAGAAAGAAAAAACAAUCCGAAGAUGGAUAUCAACUAGAUAGAUCCAACGUUAAGCCGCAAAUUGUAUCUGGGUGUGAAAAUUUUAAAAUUACCAUCAAAGGUCCAACGAAAAGUUCUAAAAGUUCCAAAUCUUUAUUUCUGCAUUUUUCACACACGGGUUUGGACAAUGUAAGCUCAGCAACUUUGAGGCCCUUUAAUUCAGACAUCAAUACACCGAGAAUUGAUAGCUACCGGUUUUCAAUGGCGAAUCUCGAAGAUUCUCAAGAUGUCGACCUGGAUGCGAUCCUCGGAGAACUAUGCGCUUUGGAGAGACGAUGUGAUGGGGACAUUGCUUCCACUCCGGCGCCAGAUACGCAACGAACUGGAAGACCUAACAGUGGAAGAAUUAAUGCUGGAGACAACACAGACAUUGGAAAAACUGAUGGAGGAAUGCGCACCGAUAGUCCCGAUAACGAUAGUGCCUUCUCGGACACGGUGUCGAUGUUGUCAAGCGAAAGCUCAGCAAGUAGCAGUGGUUCUGGACACAAACCACCUCAGACCGCCAUGCACACGGCUCCUCAACAACAAUCACAUCAGCUGAUGGAUGCUGCCAGUAGAGCUAAAGCUGAAAAAAUACGACUGGCAUUAGAGAAAAUGCGAGAAGCCAGUGUUCAAAAACUUUUUAUCAAAGCUUUUACACUGGAUGGAAGUGGAAAAAGUCUUCUUGUCGACGAAGGAAUGAGUGUGGCUCAUGUUUGUAGAUUAUUAGCUGAUAAGAACCACGUAGCGAUGGAUCCAAAGUGGGCUGUCGUUGAGCAUCUGCCUGAGCUUUUUAUGGAGAGGGUAUACGAGGAUCAUGAGUUGUUGGUUGAAAAUCUACUAUUGUGGACAAGAGAUUCGAAGAAUAAAUUGUUGUUUGUCGAGAGACCAGACAAAACUCAACUUUUCCUAUCACCCGAGAAGUACCUACUUGGUCAAUCAGACCGAAAUACAGGCGAGUACGACGACCAUUCGAGGAACAUCUUGCUUGAGGAGUUCUUUUCCAGCAGCAAUGUUGGAGUACCCGAGGUCGAGGGUCCACUAUACUUGAAGUCAGACGGUAAAAAAGGCUGGAAGAAGUACCACUUUAUUUUACGUGCUUCCGGUCUUUACUACUGGCCUAAAGAAAAGGCGAGAACUGCUAGGGAUCUUGUAUGCUUAGCGACAUUAGAUGUAAAUCAAGUGUACUACGGUGUUGGUUGGAAGAAAAAAUAUAAAGCACCGACAGAUUUUUGUUUUGCCGUCAAGCAUCCACGGCUUCAGCAGCCCAAGUCAACCAAGUACAUUAAAUUUUUGUGUGCUGAGGAUAAUGCCUCGUUGGAGCGAUGGAUGGUCGGUAUACGUGUAGCCAAAUACGGAAGACAGUUGAUGGAAAACUACAGGACACUAGUAGAUGAACUUGCGCAAGAGGACUUGGAUAUUCUGGCACACGCUAGGUCCUGCUCUGUCAGUUCAAUCGCUGUACCACCAAGUAGUCAGACCCAGUACAAUACUACCAAUGAUAACGCUAGACAAUUUACGGAAAUGAACAGGCACAAUGGUACUGACAACGCCCGACAGUAUGAUAACCAACGGCAGAGUUAUAACUCUGAACAACGACAGAGUUACACAAAUGAUGGUAGACUCAGCCGUGCAAGUAGCUCGAGUUCCAGUGGAUGUCUAUCAGAUGGAGCACCAAGCAGUUGUGAAGUUGCUUUUGAAUGUGGUGAAUUUCCUACAGGUACAAUAAAACGUAAACCUUCGAUGAACCCAAAGUUGCCAUUAACUUCAAUCACAAGACAAUUAAAAGAAGUCGGUGAAACUGUACGAGAUGAACCAGAUUCUUGCCCAAGCCCUACUAGUUCAGGAUCUGGUACACUGACACGAAGACAUAGUCGUAGAAGAAGCGGCACUGAUUCUGAUGGCUCAGGAACUUUAAAAAGACAUCACAGAUCUGGAAAUGCUACCCCCGUUAGCCCUAUUCCUCCAGGUACUCCAGUCCGUGAGAGAGUCAGUCCUAUGAAUUUCACAAGAACAGAAAGCCAAGAACCUAAAACCCCAACUAGUCCAAUACCCACAUGUAUGAUGGACUCAAUUACCUCUUUACCACCUCCACCAUCACCUCCAAGAUUUACGGAAGAAAUAGAGUCUGAUGGUGAGCCUUUACCACCGCCACCACCAGAAAUGUUCCGAUCAAAUCUAUCUUUGGAUUCAUUACCACCACCACCGGCUCCCGGUGAACUACCAAUUUGUGAUGCUACUGAUUUUUCUGGGUCAUCUCUCAGCCUAGUCUCAUUACCACCACCACCCAGUCCACUUGUUGGUGAAACCGGUACCAUUAGACGUGCCAGGCCUAAUAAACAAUCAACACCAACAAAUUCUACGUCACCUGAAUCUACUCCAACUCACACACCAACGCGGAACAACACGAAUCAAAUUUACGGAAUCAUUAAUAAUAAUAACAAUCCAACUGCAAAUCAAAAUUGUAACUUUACUUCCCAAAAUAAUGGAUACGCGCCCAACCAUGUGUCCAAUACGUCAGCACACGAUUCUUAUUCCGGAUCUAAUGCUAGUACACCAACUUUUACGCCAAGUUCACCAAAUUUUGCAACACCACCGCCAUUUGUACCACCUCCAGCUUAUGGUGCUCAACAACAGCAACAGCAACAAAAUAGUCUUCAACGGCAAAAUUAUACAUCUGAUCAAAUUUACGGAACUUAUCCAGCUGCACAACAAUGUGGGCCAGCAAUAAGGCCUAAUCCAAAUAUGGAUACAAUAAGAAGAAGUGCUUUGAAACAAAAUUCUGGGCACUACGCUACUCCACCGUACCUUGCAGAACUUAAAGCUGCCGCUAGUCCACAACCACAAAGACGAGUAACUAUCCAAGAGCCUCCAAUUUCACCUAAAACUAAAAAUGGUAAUGGUAAAAAAAUAACAUUUAAUUUACCACCACAACAAGAACCAGGAAGUCCAGCAUUACCACAAAGAAAACCUAUGCCACCAAGAAGGUCUGAUAGUACACGACUGACUUCACCUAAAAAAUUGGCAGCUUCUGAUCAAGCACCACCCGGUGAUUUUCUAAAAGAUCUUCAACGAGUUAUGAGAAAAAAAUGGCAAGUUGCACAAAAGUGUAAAUUAGAUUCAACGACAACACCACACGAAGUACUUGGUUUUCGUGAUCCUCCACCAGCAAUUGCUGAUUACAGAGAAACAAAUGUCUCUAAUUGGGUACAAGAGCACUACGGUGCUGACAAUUUGUAUGAAAAUGUAUACACAAAUGAUCCAAAUGCUCCUGUUGAGUAUGCAUCAAGCCCAGCACGACAACCAACAGUUAGAUUUGCUGAUGAGAAUAUAAGUAUGAAUAUUGCUAAUGUAAUAGCAAGUAAACGACGGCCACCGCCACCACCACCGAAAAGAGCGGAAACUACUCAUCUAACAACACGAGCAAUGCACUGACAAUAGCAGAUAAUAAAGCCUCAUACCCAGAGGCGGCAACGAUGGUUCUCUUGUUUUUGCGAUUGGUGGAAACACUGAUUAAUCUUUAAGAUUUAUCGUCAUUAAAUAUGUACUUGCUAGGCUGUUACUGCUACUACAAAUACUACUACUUCUCCAAUACAACAGCCAUUACAUAAUUUUAUUCGCUGAAUAUUUUUACGUCGCUAAAAAUAAUACUCACUUAAUCGCCCACUCAUUUUAAAUUUUAAUUAUUCAUUGUCAUUUAGUACUGGAUACUAUUGAUAUUUAAAUAAAUAAUUACGGCUUGAAAUAAUAAUAUUUUUUUUUUUUUUUUUUCAUUAAGCAACAAAACAACGACAGACCGCGCAAUAAAUUUUUGCUGAGAUUUACAUUAAGCAAUGAAAUAUCAUCGUAAUGUAGAAAAAAAAAUUGAAAAUAAAAAAAAAAAUAUAAAUCCAACUGUCAUUUACAUAUAAGUAGACUUAGGAAAUACUGCAGCACACACUAAGGAUGUGAUAUAAAUUUUAAGCUCGCUUAAUUAGUAUAACACUGCGAUCAAUUUAUAUUAAUUUUUUAAUAAAUGUGCAACUAUAUACAAAUAUAUAACUCGCAAAAGAAAAAAAUUAAAUAUAUAUGUAUACAUAUAUGAGACUAUACGAAAUAUACGUACGUGCAAUUAUAUAAAUAAAAAUAAUUGACAAUUGAUAAAAAAAAAUGAUUUUUUUUAAGUAACAAGCCUCCGUAAAAUAUAAAUAUAAUAUGAAAUGCACAAACAAACAUUGGACAUGUUACUUUUUUUUGCGUAUUUUGUCAAGCGUCGAUGAGAUAUUGAUUGAUUUUUUUAUUUUUCUUUUUUAAUAAAGGUGCUUUAUGUAAGACAUUUUAUCAGUAAAGUUUAACUAUUACAAUUGGAUAAACAUAAUUAACUUAAUACAUGUAUAGGUGAGGUAUAAAAUUAAGUAUGUCAUUUUAUAGAUAUAAUAAACGCGAUUAUCAUAUAAUAUAUAGAUGAACCUCAGUGUGUAAUUAAAUAAAUUUUGUUAAUUAUUA